ACGAGUUGCUGUUGUGCUGCAGGAGAGAAAGGGAGAAAGAAAGCGUGCGACAGGGAGUGGGAGCCCCAAGUGAAGAGGAGCCCCACAGAGUCAGCCCUGGGCACCAGGACCACAGAGGUGCUGAGUGCUGCCCGCUUCUGGAUCCCACUCUGCUCAGCUCAGAACUUUGUCAGCGAGCAAGAACAAUGCCAGGAGGUCUGGAGAAAACGUGUCAUCAGUGCAUUUCUAAAAUCGCCAGCAAUGCCUGCUUCAUUGUUGUGCUCUGUGCUUUCCUGGCUCUGCCGCUGUCCAUGACCUUCAUAGGAAUGAAAUUUUUGGAGGACUGCCCUAUACAGCCCCUCAUUCCUUUGUAUUUGCUAGUGGGUGGCAUCGUCGGUACCUUAAAGGUGUCUCUCCUGUUGUACGACUCCACCAGGAUGAGGCGGCUGCUGUCCAAGGCUGUGGUGAUUGAUGACGAUGACGAUGACGAAUACCCCUGGAGGCAGAAUGCACACAGAUACUACAUCCACCUCCUGCUGAGCCUCUUCCUCUUCCUCUGGUUCAUCCUGGGAAACUACUGGGUCUUUUCUGUGUACCUGCCUGAUUUCCUUCCCCCUUUCCAGCAGCCUCAGGACUACUGUGACAAAACCCUGUACCUCUUUGCAGUCGGAGUCCUGGCGCUCAGUCACACCGUGCUGGUCUUGCUCCUGCUGUGCAGCGGCUGUGUCUACCUGUGCUCCAGGUGGAGACUUGCUGCCGAUGAAGACUGACAGCUGCCUUGUCCAGCAUGCCAUGUAUGCAUAUGCGUGCGCGCGCGCGCACUCACACACACACACAGGUUCAGGAGAAGGGCAUAAAGGUAAUAAAACCUUCCCUGAAGGCAUUUAAAAAGCCACCCAAAUGCACUGAAUAUGAUAGCAGACUAAAGAAACUCUUGCCUUCCUAGACAUGGGGAAAUCACUUCUGCUCUUUUCAGAGUGGGAAUUUUGUUCUCACAAGAGUUUUCAAAGGGGUAAUUGUUUUUGAGGGUAUGAAGUGUGGGAGGCAAAGAAUGGGAGACCUUUUCAAAUCAUAGUGCAAUUUCAAUGACUGCUGCAAAAGCAAGGUUGGUUGUUGCUACUGCUGCUGUCAUUCAGACAUGGUCACCUUGAAGUUAGAGAAAGUGCACAGACUUUCAAACAAGAUAUAUCUUAAUUUCACUCGCUAUGAUGGCUUUUGUUAUUAAAAGGAAAAAGAUAUUCUUUUAGUGACUCUAGCUGCCUUUUGGGAAAGUGAAGGAGCAAUCUCUUCCAGCCCUAUAUCAGAUAGGUUUGAUGUGAUGGGUGGAACAUCCCAAGGUCAGCUAUAAAACCUACCAACGUCAAAGCAGUAGCUUCCACCUAGGGGGCGGGCUGGCUUGCUACAGGCAUUGCGGAGUGCAGCGCCGUGUGUACCGUGUGCCACUGCUGCAGAUUCUUUGCUUGGCCUUGAGUCUGUCUCUGCCCCUGGCUAUUCAUAUACCUCUCUAUGAUCUGCAGCUGGCUGGGUGGCAUAAACCAGUUGUGUAUGUUUCUGGACAGGUUGCACAAGUUGGGGUGCCGUCAGUGUAGCUGUUUUUGGUUUCUGAGCUUAAAUAUUAAAUAAUAGCUUCUCAACCUAAUGACCAGUUAGGCUUUGGAAGCCUUUUGUAAAUUGAGAUGGCUGGAAGUCCAGGAUGACACCGAACAGUUACCACUAACCUUCCCUCUGGCCGCCGCUGUUGAGAGAUGAAGUCCAGGUCUGUUGUCAGUGCUCGCUGGGGAGCCUCUUUAUGGGCAAAGUCCCAUGCUUUAGAAUUUCGUAUGAAGAUGCUGUCAUGAGUGUUUCUAGGGCAGUGCCCAGGGGUGCGUGGCACCUGCUUAACUGUGCUUCUCUCAGCCACGUGCAUAGCAUUUCUGUAUAUUUACACACUGCUGAGCUGUGUUUAUUUUUUAACUUUGUUAAGUUUUCGUGCUUUCUCAUCAAGCCAAUCCCUGAGUGGCCAUGAAUGGAGGCACCUCCCUUCAUCAGAAGUGUCAGCUCAAACCAAGAGGCUCAUUCUUCUCCGUAGCUUUAAGAGAAAGGCCCCGUGAGUCCCAUGGGGUCUUCCCAUUUCAGUUUAGAAGCACUCCCCGGGCAGUCACCAUUGGUCCCCCUUUCCUCCCAGGUGAGAAGAAAGUGCUUGGUGUGCCAUCUGCUGGACAAAGGAAGAACAGCCCUUUUUUAGCCCCGUCCCCAAGGGCAGUUUCUGUUUUCAUUUUCACUUGAGCCAUGGCAGAAGACCAGCGGGUGUGCAGUUUGCAGAUCCUACCUCACCUAUGAUGCCCGAUUCCAUCCUCACUGUGUCCCAUGUUGCCCUCUCUGUGUUGGGGUCCGGGGAGAGUCUGUGGGCUAUGAUACUGGGGUGGACAGGAGUUCCAUGGGCUCCUCUCCCACCCUCCUUUCCCCAGUCCAUGACUCGUCAGCCAUUCCCAGUCACUUAGCCAAUGCUUGGACAUCUGUGAGCAGCAAAGACCUGGGCCCAGGGACGCCUGCAUGACUCCCACAUGAAAGCCUCUGAGGCUUCUGUUGCGAGGGCCUUGGCAAAGGCAGAAAGAGCUGUGAACAACCAUGGGCGUGAAGAUUUCUGUUAGCAGAUGGCAGGUACUGGUUAGUGCUUUGGAUACAUCAGUAGCUAGGUCUCAAACGUUGGACAUUCCCAGUUUCUGGUAGGCAUGAGUAUCACCAGAGUGUUGCAGAAAUUUUUCCCAGAGGGAGUGGUGGAUGAAGUGUGCUAAUUCUCAUAUGCACCCCACCAGCCCACCCCCAGUUGCAAUGGAGAAUAUUGGUCAUAGGUCCUAAAUAAUUGCUAAAAUCUGGACUAUAUUUUUAGCUUUGAAUUUUUUUGUCACCAAAGCGGUAAGGAAGAGGUGAUGAUCUCUUUGUCUAGGUCACACAUCUUCCCUGGUUUGAGGUUACAGUGAGCUAUGAUUGUGCCACUGCACUCUACUCUGGGUGACAGAAUGAGACCCUAUCUCUAAAAAACAAAAUUACCCCCUUCUGGAGAAACAGGUUAGAUCCUAAAGAAAAUGUUCAUGUGCAUCCAUUCAUAGAGGGGACACUGAGUGGUUCAGUGGGUGACAUCUUCAGCGCAGCAGGCUUUGAAUGAUAACUGAUUAAGGCCUCCCUCAGGAGAUGGUGAGAUGGUUAUGAUAAGGCACAUUUCAAGAAAGAGGCUCUGGGGCUAAGGCAAAUGGUCUAUAACUGUGAUUCUUUGAAGUCUGGCUUAAUCCAGGGAUGACAUCCAGACUGUUGGAAGGGCUGAGCUGCAUGCCCUUUAAGUGAUCACCUCUUAGUAUAAUUUCACUGAGCUGGAGGUGAGUGUAAGAAGUUCCUGGUUAUAGAAGAAGUUAUAAUCCUUGGCAUGGCCUGAAGCAGGCAUUCCACACUGGUGUGAAAUGUGCUGUGUAUACCUGGAGAAUGAAAAUGCCCAUCUAAGACUGGCCCAAGAGCUGUCUUCCUCUAUGGGAACCUGGCAAGGCAAUGGGAAGUGGACAUGGGAACACCUGAACUUUCUGGAUGCUAUGAAACCUCAAGGAAACAAAUUAUGUGGCAGAGAGGGAUAAUCAGUUGUUCCCAUCUGAGAAAAGACUGCAGCAAAGAUAAACUAUAUGUUGAGGUCAUUUUAUUUGCUACAUAGGGCAUCAUUCUAAAAACCAUUCUUUGCCUGAAUCUAUGUAAAUGACAGUUGAAAGCAGUAAAAGUGGGACCGUUUUACUGGGGUCAGCCACACCAGUGGUUCUCAAACCUUGGUGAACCCUCAGAGCUACCCAAGGACUUGUUUGCAAUGCAGAAUCACAGCCCCCAGAGACUGAUUUGUGGGGCCCAGCUGGUUCUGAUUCGGUGGCCAGAGAAACCGCAUGUGUACACUCAGGCCACACAUACAGCCUGGACUGGCUUAUGUCGGGCCCAUCCUGGUUGUCACCAUGAGGACAAUAUAAUGUCAUUUCCAGUACUUCGUGUUAUUUCCUUCUCUUUUAGUAUGAGAAGUGGCCAAGUGGUCAAUAGCUUUCAUCUUUGUGUAACUGAAUCUUGUGCUUCAUUUCCUUCUAGGCAUUUUUCAUUGUUGAUGAAAUAAACUUUGUUCAAUUUGU